AUGGCUUCACCAGCGGCUGGAGACAUCAGGCAGGAGGACAGGUUGGGUGGGCACCUCGUGGUCCUCGUGGAGGAGGUGGGUGUCAGGCGGGACCCCCUCGUUCGCUUGGAAGGCAGGAGGAGGCCAUUGUAUCAGACCAAGAAAGCCUGGGAGGAGGUGGCAGCUGAGGUCAGCAGCCGCAACAUUAUGCGGCGCACAAAAGAUUCGCCAGCAGACACUCAUAUACAGGACACGGGAAAGGCACCCCUGACACCUGAGGACUGCCAGGCUCCAUUUGCACCUGCAUCACACCCACUCUCUGAACCAGGCACUAUGGCAGAAACCAGCACCUCGAUCAUGGACUGUGAUUAUGUUUAUGAGUUAAUCACAGAUUAUGUUUAUGCAUCCCCAGAAGGCCUACCGAACGAAGCCUGUGGGGACAGAAAGGGGAAAAACUGGCCAGCUCUGCUUAUUAUCGUCAUAAUAAUCUUAACAAUUGGUGGAAACAUUCUUGUUAUCAUGGCAGUGUCACUGGAGAAGAAACUGCAGAAUGCCACCAACUACUUCCUAAUGUCUCUGGCAAUAGCAGACAUGCUGGUCGGGAUCCUGGUCAUGCCCGUCUCGUUGAUCACUGUUCUGUAUGGAUACAUCUGGCCGUUACCUGCCAAACUCUGCCCCAUAUGGAUUUAUUUUGAUGUGCUAUUUUCAACUGCAUCCAUCAUGCACUUGUGCGCAAUAUCUUUGGAUCGGUACAUUGCAAUACGAAAUCCUAUCCAUCACAGCCGCUGCAACUCAAGAACUAAAGCAUUCAUGAAAAUAAUUGCUGUUUGGACAAUAUCUGUCGGUAUUUCAAUGCCAAUCCCUGUUUUAGGACUUAAAGAUGCCUCCAAGGUUUUUAAGGAUGGCAGCUGUUCCCUCACAGAUGAACAUUUUGUCCUGGUAGGUUCCUUUGUGGCAUUCUUCAUUCCCCUCACAAUAAUGGUGGCCACCUAUUGUUUGACAAUCAGAGUACUACAGCAGGAAGCCACUUUGUGCUUGGACAUAUUUAAACCCAUGCCCAAAUGGAUGAAUUUUCGGAUGUUUCUUCAGAAAGGGCCCCUGUCGGCCAACUCAUCAGACAAAGCAGCAAUGUUAAAGAAAUAUGACAUUCAAGGGACAUCUCUUCAGAUAUCGUCUUGGUGUUCCUUAAAUAAAGAGCUGGGGACUUCAGGAAGACGGUCAAUGCAAUCAAUUAGCAAUGAGCAGAAGGCUUCUAAGGUUCUUGGGAUUGUGUUUUUUCUUUUUGUUGUGAUGUGGUGUCCAUUUUUUGUGACCAACGUAAUGUCUGUGAUCUGCAUAAAGGUGUGUGAUAAAGAACUCAUCCAAGAACUCCUCAGCAUAUUUGUCUGGGUGGGAUAUGUCUCAUCUGGUAUUAAUCCACUUGUAUACACGCUAUUCAACAAAACCUAUCGAUCGGCUUUUUCACGGUACAUUCACUGUCAAUAUAAGAAUGACAAGAAGCCCGCUCAGCAAAUUCUAGUCAGCACGGUACCCACUCUGGCAUCCAGCAAGGACAAACUGCAGCUGUCCAGUACAGAGAGUCUGAGAAACAGCACAGAAAUGAAGACCAGGGUACAUUCCGUUGAAUCACUGGGAGAAACCCAUCAGGAGGCAUCGAGGACUGAAACAGUUUGUAUCACUGAAAAGGGACCUGCACAAAGUGACACAAAGGUCAACUUGAGACAAGAAAAAGGUGUAAGUGUAGAUUUAUAUUUGCCGAUGUUUCAUGGUUUCCACAAUGCCAAGAAACAAAACAGGGACGAAAGGUCACAACCUGAAACAUUAACUGUUUCUGUCUCCACAGAUACUGCCGGACAUGACGAGUAUUUCCAGCAGAGCCCAAAGAGGGGCCUGCCCAAACUGCUAAUCACUGGUGGAACUUCUAUAGGGGGCCUGAGGUUAUUGGAUGAGUAG